CGGGACUUGUGGCCUGUGGGAGCAGCAAUGAAGGAGCUGGCGCAGGAUCUGAAAAUGGAGUGCGAUAUUCUGGACGUGCUGGAGGCUUUAGGAUACAAAGGUCCUCUUUUGGAUGAAGAUGCUCUUAAUAAAGCAGCAGAAAGCGGGCUGGCUUCAGAAGACUUCUGUGAACUUUGCAUUUGGUUAAGUUCCCAAAUACAGUCGUUGUGUGGCCUGGAAGAGGGCCUUUCAUCGACAGCCGAUGGCAAAGAUGUUGAAAGUUUACAGCUGGAGAUGAGCGGCUUUUUAAAAGAACUGGCCUGUCCUUAUUCCACACUUAUAUCAGGAGAAAUUAAAGACCGAUUAAAGAAGAAAGAAGAUUGUCUUAAAGUCCUAUUAUUUAUGAGUACAGAACUUCAGGCUUUGCAAGUCUUGCAUUUCAAACAGCGCAAAGGUUCUCGUUUGGCAAAGAAUAAUGAAAUUCAUCAAGAGCUCCAAAUGAUCUGUGAUGCGUUGGGUCUUCCAAAAUCUUCUGACAUUCCAGCCUUGUUAAGCAAUGCAGAAGCAAAGGUUAAGGAUGUUUUAUCAAAAAUUCCAAAUAGAUGUGUGGGUAAACCUCUGUUCAAAACACCUCUGAAUACAGAUCAAACGGAAAGAUUGGAAAAGAUCAAUGACGCCCUUUGCAGUGAAUAUGAAUGUCGUCGUCGUAUGUUAAUGAAGCGAUUAGAUGUAACUAUACAGUCUUUUGGGUGGUCUGAUAGAGCAAAGGCGAAAACAGAUGAUAUCGCAAGGAUUUAUCAACCCAAGCGUUAUGGACUGGCUCCUAAAGCAACUAUUUCAUUAGCCCAUCUUCUGGCUGCUCGAGAAGACUUAUCAAAGAUCACAAGAACAAGCAGUGGGAUUACACGGGAGAAGACAGUUUGUGCCAUCAAUAGAGUCUUGAUGGGCAGAGUACCAGACCGUGGAGGCAGACCGACAGAAAUUGAGCCACCACCUCCUGAAAUGCCUCCCUGGCAGAAGAGACAAGAUGGUGGUGGGAGAGGAGGGGGUGGAGGAAGAGGCGGUUGGGGAGGGAGGGGGGGAGGGAGGGGAGGAGGGGGUGGCUGGGGAGGAGGGGGAACGGGUAGAGGAGGAGGGGGUGGCUGGGGAGGAGGGGGUGGCAAUUGGAGGGGAGGAGGUAGUUUUCAAGGGAGGGGUGAUUACAGUGGAAGAGGAGGAUACAGUGGGAGAGGUGGAUAUGGGGAGUCCUACGGUGGCAGGGGAAACAGACAAUAUUAAUAUAAAUGAUAUUAUUUACUUCGAGCAGGAUAAAUUAUAGCCGGGUUCACAGCAUGACAUUUGAACCUCAUAAACCUCUUGCAGAUAAAUUGCUAUUCACUAUAACAACUUGGCUUAUGAAAAUUUUCUACCUACAUGGGACUUCUGUUUCUGACAUUCUUUGUUUUCAAAUUGUCCACCUGUACAGUUGUCUCUCAUGACUGCAUAGAUGUGCUUGGAAACCCCCAGGGUAGAGACUUCCAUUGUCAUGUAUGUGCAUUAAAAGGGGCAUAUAUGAACUUGAUCUCCUGUGACAGCUGAGGAUGUAAGGCAUGUGCAGUUUUCUAUGCAUAAGUGAUAGCUCUAUAGAAAAUGUGUCAUGUGUGAAGUUGCCUUCAUUAUUUAGUCACAUGAAACUCUGACCAGUCAAAGAAGCCAUUGUUUGUUUUUUAGUUGCUUUGACACUCUGUGUGUACCUUUGAGUAUUUGGAUUUUACGUAAAAAAUACUUUGCAGAAAUAUGAAUGGAAAAAUUGAUUUUCGUUUACAUGUUUAGGUCUCAUGAUAGUGAGAAUAUAAAGAAUAUUGUAGGAAGCCUUCUAUGCUGGAAUCCAUCUCCAGUCUUCUCAAAGAUGCUCGUGGAAAAGUAGAAAGGACUAUAAUUUCACUAACUAGAUGUAUAUUUCUAAUUAAAAACAGGUUUCCAUGAAAGUUCAGGAACUAGAAGUCCCUACUAUUAGUAUGUAUCUUCAUAGUUGCUGCAAUAAUAGCCAGUCUGGACAGAGCAAAAUAUCUGCUUAUUUGGUAUUCCAUAAAAUUUACUCCAGGAUCCUGUGCCAGAAAAUGUCCAUACAAAUAGCAUUUAAUCUGCUUAUGUUACACUCUGGCAGGUGAAACAGUCUGUCCAGAAGGAAGUCAGGAUCAAUCUAUGUGCAUGUACGUGGGUAGAUGGGCCCAGCCCUGGUUGUAAAUCUUCUCUUUCUCCCAACUAACCUUAUCCUUUACCACUGCAAGGAAUUCCAACUUUUGCAUCUAAAGGGCAGGGGGCUGUUCGACAAAGAUGAUCUUAGGAAAGAUAAAUGGAGGGUUUUUCUUGGGAGUUCGUAACCUGCUCUCAAAUUCACUUUUAGAAAAAAAAUCUGAUUUUAUAUGUUCCUUAAGUAACACUUCUGCCUGCGAUAGACUUGUUUUUUAAGCUAAUGUUAUAUGAAAAUAGGUAAUUUGGCUGUACCCAAACAGAAAGUAAAGGCUAAGAGACCUGUAUUUGUUCUUAAAUGUCUACAUAAAUUACUUUUUAUAAAAGCAUUCCCUGUCUUUCCUGAAAUAAGAGACUUGGGGUGUCAUUAAAAAUGAGUGUCUGUAGCCAUUCAAAACAGCUGGCAGUCUUGGAGCUUGUGUUUUUAACUUCUACAGAAUGCAAUAAGUCAUUUUUGGAACACUUCUGUAAAUCAGUUUUUAGAUAUAUUUUAAACCUGAAUUUUGUGAACCAGGAUAGUGCAUUUUUUGACAGUUUAUAGUUUAAUGUAAAUAGUUGGUGUUGUGGAAAAUUUAUUUUUAUGUUUGAACUCUUUCUUUUAAAACAUGUCUGCAUACAUGGAACAUCCAUCCAAAUUCUGCUUUUUAACUACCAACAAAAAAGGUUUCAACAAGCGUGUUUUUUAAGAAAUGUUUGUUUAUAUUUGUGAGCACUGAUAAAUAAAGUACUGUAAAACUAA